AGCUGGCCCAUGGCUAAUUUAGGCAAAAGGCAACGUGCAGCUAUUUCCAUCCAGUGGGAACAGGUGCUGGGGGGGGGGCGCCGUGCCCCCACCGAGAGAGCUACGCUGUCAACAGGCCGAGUGGCCUCCCUCGUGGCGCCCUCCCGGCUGCCCCGGACUAUAAAGGCGCCAGGUUUUCUCAAUGAAGCGGGACGCUGUGCACCGCGGCGUUGGACCCAACCUAGUGCCCGGGAUUCGGCAGGCAGAGGGCGAUCCCCGCCGACCCUCCGCAUGGAGAUGAAGUGUAUUGUGGGCAUUGGAGGCGUGACCAAUGGUGGCAAGACCACACUGACCAACAGCCUGAUGAAGGUGCUGCCCAACUGCUGUGUGAUCCACCAGGAUGACUUUUUCAAGCCCCAGGACCAAAUCGCAGUUGGAGAGGAUGGCUUCAAGCAGUGGGACGUGCUGGAGUCCCUGGACAUGGAGGCCAUGCUGAGCACCGUGCAGGCCUGGAUGAGCAACCCCCGGAAGUUUGCCCGUGCCCAUGGCGUUGCUGUCCAACCAGACACCUCGGACACCCACGUCCUUAUUCUGGAGGGCUUCCUGCUGUACAGCUACAGGCCCCUGGUGGACUUGUACAGCCGACGGUACUUCCUGACCGUCCCCUACGAGGAAUGCAAGUGGAGGAGGAGUACUCGAAGAUACGAGGUCCCCGAUCCCCCUGGCCUCUUUGACGGCCACGUGUGGCCCAUGUACCAGAAGUAUAAGCAAGAAAUGGAGGCCAAUGGCGUGGAAGUAGUGUACCUGGAUGGCAUGAAGUCUCGUGAGCAGCUCUUCCACCAGGUCCUGGAAGACAUUCAGAACUUGCUCCUGAACCACUCCUAGUGUGGCUGGGGCAGGAGGGGCCCAGCCCCGGACUAGAGGGACCCACAUAUGGUCCUGGCCGGAGUCGGCCAGGCUGGCGGCAUCCCAGCAGAGAACUACACGACCAUCUCCCGCUGUGGCAUCUGUGCACGUGAGAGUGGAGGCCCCACUCGCAGCUCAGUGUCUCUGGGCCCCAGGAUCCCGCCCCAAGAUGCCUCUGUAACCUCAGAGCAGCUCAAGUAUUAAA